GAACUAGAAUCUGGGUGUUAUCACACAAAGCUGAUCAGUGAUAGACAAUACUGAACUAUUCAUAAGACUGUACUUUCUUUUACUUUUCAUUGCUUCUGCUGCACAGUUGAACUCCUCCUGGAACUGUGAUCCAUAAAUCGUCUUGGACGAAUCAGCUAGACAAGAGCUGCAAGUUGGGCGCAACUUUGAAUUCUGUGCUGGUUUGCGUCAGCUGACGUUCUCUAAAUAUCCUAGUUUAACCGGGACCAGGGUUUACUGUUAGGUGAAGUUAAUACGACGAGUUUCAACGGAACAGAUGAGGCUUUUAGAGACUUUUGUCAAAAGCGCAUGGAUGAGGAGGAUAACCGCGCCAGGACGACAGGACAACAACUGAGCCAAGAAAAUCCGCUCCCUCUUUAGUCUAGGCUGCAACUGGACAGAGACCUUAAAUUGAUGUUGAUAAGAUACGGUCACCCAUUCUUCUUUAAUCUCAGUGCUUUAAGCUGCUUUGUGUUCGAUCAGCUGCCCACGCGCGCAGUUCAAAGCGCGUCUCGAUGCGCGUAAUUGUUUUACUCAAUCGGUUUGAAGGGUUCGGUCCAGUGCGUGGUGACCGUCCGAACUGGACAAUUGGACACUUAAAUAUCUUCAGUUUUCCUGUUACAUCUUAAUAAAUGGGGAGCCUGGAUAAUUGUUCUCUAAGGGAUUGUGCAUUCUGUUAAACUCAUACCGCACCACUUGUUUUGAAAUCGGUAGACUACAUCUUACACAAGAUGUACAUCAUAAACAUGAUACUUUUGAAAGUGGUUCUUCCACUGAUGUCCAUCGUUUUGACACGAGGUGUUCAUGGUCAAAUGGUCCAGAUGGACAGCAGUAAGUCAGGAUUUGUGGGCACACAGGUAGAGCUACGCUGUCAGUUUGUCAACAGCAACCCACCUGUAAAAAUCUCACAGGUCACCUGGCAGAAGCUUGUCAAUGGCACCAAGCAGAACAUUGCCAUUGCCAAUCCAGCCCUGGGGGUGUCGGUACUGAACCCCUUCAAAGAGCGUGUGCAUUUCAAGAACCUGGCCAUCCGCCAGCGCACGCCAUCCCUGGAGGACACCACCAUAGUCUUCAGCAAACUAAAACUGUCGGAUGAGUCCACCUACAUCUGCGAGUACACAACCUUCCCAGCUGGCAACAGGGAGAACAUGGUUAAUCUCACUGUUUAUGCUCGUCCUACGAUCCAGAUGAGUCUGUCCACACCCUCCAUAGCAGCAGGAACCAAAGAUCUGAAGAUGACUGUUGCCACGUGCGUUUCUGCCAAUGGGAAGCCACCCAGUGUGAUCACAUGGGAAACUGAUUUAGAUGGAGAAUCCAACACUCAGGAGAUACGCAACCCUGAUGGGACAGUCACUGUGCGCAGUGAUUUCUUGGUGGUUCCCAGUCGAGAAAUACACCAACAGUUGCUCACCUGCAUCUCCACAUAUAAUGAGGAACAAUACACAGACAGUGUGAUGCUCAACAUUCAGUAUGAACCAGAGGUGAUAAUAGAGGGCUUCGAUGGGAACUGGUAUUUGAACAGAGAAAACGUUCAGCUCACCUGCUUGGCUGAUGCCAACCCACCCAUCUCUUUGUUUCAGUGGAGAUACUUGAAUGGAACUAUGCCGAGUAAAGCAGAGCUUCGCGAUGAUGUGCUAAUCUUUAAAGGUCCCGUAACUUAUGACAUCGCUGGCACAUACAUCUGUGACGCCACCAACAGCAUUGGGACAGGCUCUGCGUCUGUUGAGAUCAUUGUCACAGAAUUCCCUAGCUACCUACACGAGGUGUCUCAGGAGCCACAGCAAGCAGGUGCCAUCAUUGGUGGAGCUGUUGUUUGUGGUACAGUGCUGUUGGCCGCUAUUACACUCCUGGUAGUGUUUUUCUAUCGCCGGAGAUGCAUGUUUAAAGGAGAUUACAGUACCAAGAAGCAAAUCCUUGGAAAUGGUUACAGCGUUGCUGGCAGCGCGCCAUCACACCCCUCGCUACCUCACAGUCUGACCUUCUCCGAAGACUCGGAUGAAGAGAAGAAGCUGGAAAUUUACAGAGGCUCCAAUACCUUAGGAAGAACUGUUCAGGAGUUCCAUUGCCAUGACAGCAGGAUGAAGGCCUACCACGCAGGACUGAUCGAGGACCAUGAGAGAUUCGAACGUAGCGAGCAGACUUACAUUUAUGAUUAUGGAUCUGAGGUGGAGGUCUCAGUGGAUAUGAUUCCUCAGAUGGACGGCUCUGUCAUCUCUAAAGAAGAGUGGUAUGUGUAGAACUCAAGUCUUUGCGCUUCUCAGCAUGGUCCUUUUCCGCUAUCUUCUCGUUCCUUGCCAUCUCCUUCCUUUUGAGAAGGCUUUGGGAUUCAGACUGACAAUGGAUUCAAUUCACCUAGAGGACAUUGUUGAUAUGAAAAUCCAAACCAAUGGUGGAUGUUUGGAGAUUGACCAGAGAUUGGCCAUGUUGGUGACUUUGCCUGAUAAAAUGUCUCUGUUUCCAAACCUAGCGAGCUGUUUACUGUAUCCAUCAUAAUUAUGCAUAGUUAUUUGCACAAUUAUGCUGCCUCUUGAAAUGCCUCAUUUUAGCUAAAAUCUAAAUACAAAAUCUCACAUAGAAGACUGUCCCAUAAUACACUGUCAUUAGUGAUAUACAUAUUUAAAUGUAAUUAAUUAUUUGACCAAAUAUUUGUGUAUGUUUAUGCCUAUGGAGUAUUGUGCUGUGAGCUUAGCAACAGGCUGACUUUAAACUCUAGUGAAGUCGAUUGUGGUCUGUGUUCUUCAGUACGAAGCACUAUUUACGGUGCACACAGAGUUUCUGCCUAUGUUGGUCACUCAGACUGAUCACUUUCACUGUUUUUUAGGAUGCUGGCUCACAAGGUUUUCUAACAGUGCUGUUAGCUUAGCAAUAUAUUAACUUCAAACUGUAUUUGAAUCAAAUAUGAAUUGCGUUCUCCCUUUCUGUGACACUAUAUUUCUAUCUUUGUUGGCAUCCCUAAUUGGUCACUGUUGUUCCGUCACAAGGUUUUGAACCAGUGUUGUUAGCUUAGCAACAUGCUAACUACAAACUAUAUUGACAUCAGUUGUUUGUUGUGUUCUGUGCUAAGUGUUUAUGCAUAUAGACAAUUGUGCUGUUCGCUAAGCAACAUGCUAACUUCAAACUUUAUUGAAAUCCAUUGUGAUUUGUGUUCUCUAGUACAGAGCAAUAUUUACAUGGCAUGCCGAGUUUCUACAUAUGUUGGUGUCUUAUCAGUUAUUUUCCAUUACGUUUUGGGACGUUGGUUCGCUAGGUUUUGUAACAGAGGUAAUAUCUCUAACAUAAUCUAAGGCAUUUGUUUGGAAGAGAAUACAUGUCUUGACAGUGCCGUUGUAAUUAGAAAGAAUUUUUGCCUCAGGAUAGUGUUUACUUUUAAGAGCAGUUGAAACUUCACUAUAACCUAUGAAGUGUGUCUUACACUGUGUGCAUUUUUUUGUGGCAGCAUUGCCAAGUUUUGUCAAACAUUGUUUUCUUUUAAUUAAAACUUAAUUUUUGGCUGCUUUAAUCACAGGUUUCAUAAUACAGUACAAUAAACUGUACUUUCCUGGACUGCAGUAGUCAAAAACCACCUAUAAAGAAUAUAAACAUGUGGAUAAUCACACAAAUAAUCGGUGUCUGUACAGUAGAAUUAAAGAGUCAGUGAUUUACUGCAUGUCUCAGUGGCUGCAAUCUACAAUAAGAGUUCACGUUUGAUAUUUGAAGUUAUUUAAGAUGAUAUAGUAACAUUGUACUAACAUUGUACUAAAUAAGUGCUUUCACAAAAAGAUAAAUUAUUUGAAUGACACUGAGGAACAAACAGGUUGAAUGUUAAAUCGGUCUGUUGCAGGUGGGGUUCAGCUAAUGUACUUCGAUAUGAUGUGCUGUAAAAUUUGUAAUACAUUGUGUUUUAUGCUAAUUGGGAAGAUUUAUGAGUUUCUUCAUUUGUAAAUUUCUUCUAGCAAAGAGGUCAUUUUCACAAUAAUAAAAGUAAUUGCCCUGUUGGUUCAGGACAGUUUGUAAAACACAUCUUGUUAACUUGUUUAAAGGGGGGGUGAAAUGCUCGUUUUCACUCAAUAUCCUGUUAAUCUUGAGUACCUAUAGAGUAGUACUGCAUCCUUCAUAACUCCAAAAAGUCUUUAUUUUUAUUAUAUUUAUAAGAGAAAGAUAGUCUGUACCGAUUUUUCCCGGAAAAACACGAGCACCUAGAGGCGUGACGUGUGGGCGGAGCUAAAGAAUCACGAGCGCGAGUAAGUUUUUGCGUCGAGAGCGUCUGGAAGCUGUGACACAGAUCCAGAGGCUGAAAUUUAGCAAGAGCAGCAUCAGCAAAGGCGUCUCUAUGUGGUAUGUACUGAAACUGUAUAUAUUUGCUUAGCGGUUUUGGAAAAUGACUAAGUUCCACUUUAUGUCGUCUUUUUUUAAGCUGUACAUGUGGAAAGUGCAGUUUGAUGCCAACAUCGCAUGUUGUUUACUUGAUGUGCUUACGCGCUGAUAGCUAAGUUAACAACACAGAGAUAUUUGAAGCAGUUUUACUCACCGCAUGCGGUUCCAACACACGAUCGUGACCCUUUUUCGUUGGGACUGCAUUAUCCUUAAGAAAUAAACGAUGUGCAAUCCGAAAUGCAGGGAACAAACAAAAACACUUGCACAACUCCGUUGAUGCUCUGUAAAAAUAAACUCCAGCCACUGGUCCCUUAAUGCUGUUUCUCUUUUGGUAAUCUGUGCAGGGUUGUCUUGCCCUGGCAACCAAAAACACACUUCUUUUCUGACUUUUCAGAAAAGAUUGUCAGUGAUUGUCUGUGCUCUGCUAUACGGGAGCGCGUGCUCUUCUGGCAGACGUGCCUCAGGACCCAUAUAAGGAAAUUCCGCUCCUUCUAACGUCACACAGAGCCAUACUCGAAAAAAACUUUCCGAAACUUGUGACAAACCGGAAGAGGUUUUUUUGGAACAAAAAUACUCCUUCAAACGUACAACUUAAUUUUUGAAACUUUGUCCAUGUUUAGCAUUUGAAUCCAACUCUUUAACAGUGUAAAAAACUCAGUAUGCAUGAAAUAGCUUUUCACCCCCCCCUUUAACUUAUUCAGGAAACCCUCGAUGUGUUUUUGUGUUUUUUUUUAUGUGUUAAAGUUUAUUAUCAAGACCAACAUAUUCCAAUAUACAGUGUUUAUGUUUGCUGUUGUCCUGUUAUUUGUAUUUAUUGUGAAAGCACACUUGUUAAUAAGUCUUGUGAAUUCUCUGCUGAAAUAAAUAAAAAAGUCAGUUAAGAUAGUCAAGAUAAAAUGAAAAUUUUCUUUGUCUGAUUAAGAAUAAUUUUUUGCUUCUGAUAUAUCAGAAUCAAUAAAUGAACAAGCACAAUUUUCCAAGCAGAGCAAUUCAAGUGGUUCGUUUGGGGUCAUCUGAUCAGGACAUUCUUUGUGGUGUCAGUCACUUAUUUGUGGUUGGGUAUUGUUUCGAGUGGACACAUUAUGCCAUUAGCAUCUCUUUUUCAGCCAUUAGACCGCCCCACAACAUAUCCAGAUCCCCACAGU